UCGAGGCACAGCAGAUAAACAAAUACCUAGAAAGAUCUAUUUCAAAUGCAAAUCGGGCACGACCGACCGGCACGACUGCUGCUGCAGCUGCUGCCGCCGCUUAAAGGUAUAUGUUUUUACGACAGUAAUGGAAAGUGUCGCAAACGUGUGGGAGGCUUUGGGCGCUGUGGCUGUUCAUUACGUAGAAAGGUAGCCGCCUACACUGACCUGGAUAUCUCUAGCAGAGGACAACUCUACAGACCCUUUUUAAUAACAUGGAUUUUAGGACGACAAUGCAUCGAUUCUGUGCUCAUCUUCAUCGGAUAGGCCUUCGUCUGGAGGGUGUGAUGUCCCUCUGGUCUGCUGAGUUGUGACGCGAGGAAGGAAGGAAGGACUCGCUCAGCAGCCUUAUGGACACUAUCGAUGACUUAGCAAUCAAAACCAGGACUGAAUAUCCGCUUUAUGCAAUUUAUACACUUUAUUGUCUCCGCUAUCCAUUUGCCUGCUUCUCUGUUUGCUGACGGGAACUGGAUAUCGCUCUUGAGUGUGUCGUAACAUCACCAUUACUGAGAGACAACAGUAUUUACCUCUCUGAAGCAAGGAAGUGGAGCUGGCUGAGUCAGGCUAGCUGAAGUUGAUGAAGAUAAGACCGGAAGUUGGGUGACUUUGCCUUCACAAUAAAGGUGCUUUGACUUUGAAUAACGACGUUUGGGGUCAGACAGAGACGUAACGCUCGGAUGGAACGACAGCCGGCUUUUUGUUAACAACAGAGAUCUCUGCCUUUUAUUAUUAACGUAGCACACUGCAGCAUCGAUACGUCUCCAUUCGUUUUAUUUUGGAAGCGACGAGCGGAAGUCGCGCUCGGUUCUGUUGCGUUUGACAGUGAAGGGAAGUGGGAUGUGGCCAGGAUGUAUUUAUGCUUCUGUAUAAGAUAUGAAAAUCAUUGAAUUAGCGCUGCUUCGGGAGCCCUGUUUCAGCAGCGGACACCGCAGGGGUUACGGCAGUCCGUCCAUGAGCUGGUGGUUGUCGGCGGUCGAACACGGCGAACAGGACCGAAGCUGCUGUGCUGGUUCCGUCUGGACUGGACCGUUUCCAUGAGGGCUUCUCCACCUCACGCCCUACCAGUCUGUGUGCGGGGCUCUAAUAUGUGCUUAUUACGUAAUAACAGCAUGUGAAUCCAUAGUCACAGCGUUUACUUUUUUAUUUUAUUUUUUUCUUGGACUUUGUGCUUUUCAACCUAUUUUUUUUUUUAAUAUAUAUAUAAAUAUAUAUAUUUUUUGUAAAUGUCAACAACUCAGCGUCAAGUGAUGAUGGAGUCCUCUCUGGCUCUCGGAAGACUGGAACUGACCCCCGGUUCAGGCGCUGUUGGGGUUAGCCUGACCCCGCGGCUCUCCGGCGGUCACCCCGCCAAAGAGAAGUGCGGUCAGCGGCCGCUGGGUCCACAAGGCCCGGCUCACCUGAACGGCUGCGUCCCGCUGUCACACCAGGUGGCGGGGCACAAGUUUGGAGUGGACACAGUGGGUAUUUUGCAGCAUCCAGAUGGAACAGUCCUGAAGCAGCUUCAGCCUCCUCCCAGAGGUCCACGAGAGAUGCAGUUUUACAGCACGGUGUAUGCAGAGGACUGCUGUGAUCCAUGCCUUCUGGAGCUCCAGAGCCAUCUGCCCAAGUACUACGGCACCUGGUCCUCUCCUGACAGCCCCAACGACCUGUACCUGAAGCUGGAGGACGUGACUCGACGCUUCGUCAAGCCGUGCAUCAUGGACGUGAAGCUGGGCCAGCGGAGCUACGAUCCGUUUGCCUCGCAGGAGAAGCGGGAACAGCAGAUCAGGAAAUACCCGCUGAUGGAGGAGAUAGGCUUCCUGGUCCUUGGCAUGAGGGUGUAUAAGAUGUGCAGUGACACGUUUGACUCGUACGACCAGCACUACGGGAGGGGACUAGUUAAGGACACCAUUAAAGACGGCCUGGCGAAGUUCUUCCAUAACGGUGUUAGUCUGAGGAAGGAUGCCGUGUCAGCCAGCAUCUGCAGAGUACAGCGUAUCCUCCGCUGGUUUGAGUCGCAGCACCAGCUGACCUUCUACGCCAGCUCCCUUCUCUUCGUCUACGAGGGGCUCCCCUCCUCUUCCUCUUCGUCCUCCCUUUCAUCCCUCCUCAGCUCCCCGUCGAUCAGUCCGACCGCGGGGCUGAUCGACGGCGGCCAGGGCGGGGAGGGGAAGGCGAAACAGGAAGGGGCAAAACAGGAAGACGAAGUGGCCGAGUACAACAACAACAACAUUCAGGUGCCAGCGCCCUGGGACUACAGCCUGGCCACCAUUUACACCAACCACAGGAAGGGCGGCCACCACCACCACUGUGCCAAGGAUCAUCUCCACGGCAACAGCAGAGACGGCGACGCCGUGGAGACGACGGUGAGCUCGGUUUCCGGAGAUAACAUCUCAGUGCUGUGCGGAGAAGACAACUCUGCUUGGAAACGAACAGGUGAGCAGCAACCACCGAACGGAAACGGAAACAAAUCACAACUGGAAGGGAAGGAUGAAGAAGAAAAGAGGGAGAACAGAGGCAGGAGGAGGAGAGAGGAGGAGGAGGAGGAGGAGCUGAAAGGACGAGGAGGUGACGCAACAGAGGGGAGCGGAGGAGCCAAGGAGGUGGAGGUCAGGAUGAUCGACUUUGCCCACGUUUUCCCGAGUGAAAGCCACGACCGCGGCUACAUCUACGGCCUAAAACACCUGCUGACGGUGCUGGAGCAGAUCCUCUGUGACGCCGCCUAGAGCUCCCACUCCUCCUCCCCACCUUCUCUUUACCUCCUGACCUGCUCAGUGAACCACCGUCGACCUUCUGUCAACCCUCCUUUCUUCUCAAAGGACAGACAUCUUCAGAGGGAAGAAUCAAAGAAGUGAAUAUUAGACCGAAUCAUCAUCAUCAUCAUCAUCAUCAUCAUCAUCUCACCUGUUUGUGAUGGUUCGUCGGUCAUGUUUGUGUGUGUGUGUGUGUGUGUGUGUGCGUGUGUGUGUGUGCGUGUGCGUGUGCGUGUGCGUGUGCGUGUGUGUGAGUGUCUGUCUGUGAGCAAGGUGGAGAUAGUAGAGGCUGUCAGUUGUGUUUUUCCCUGUGAUCAGCAGCACUACAUGCACUAAUCAGUCCAUGAAGGCAUCGCUACCCUGUACUUAA